UACAUUUGGAGACUGUUGGACCAGUGUGCUGAAUGUGUGCUGAAGUUUAUCAUGGCGAUCUUCCAGCUUCUCUUCUUCACGCUUACAGCGGGUGUGUGUCCCGUGACAUCCAAGGAGAUCCGAGUCAAGGCAGGUGAGAUUGUGGCUCUGUACUGUGAAGGUGGGGAUGGCAAAACGCUCUGGAAAAGCAACAGCAGCCAGGGCAUGUAUCUGUACAACAAGAUGUCAGCAACGGAGCAAAGGCAGAUCGGUGUGGUGGUUCAUGAGAACAUACUUGUGAUCCUCAAUGCAUCUAUAAACCAUCAGGGGAAUUACGAGUGCUCUUCCGGGAAUACCAGCAGCCAGCACUGGAUCAAUCUGACAGUGUACACUCAGUCCAAAGACAUGUAUUCUAGGAAAUGUUUCACAGAAGAGUUCUGCAAGCUGUAUUGUCCUGAUAUAUAUAUCCCUGCUGACAAAUUUACCAGUAAAGGCACCACAUGGAACAAGGAGGCGCCAGAAAAUGGCGAGUUCUCAAGUGUGGAAGAGAAACACAGCGGUGUCUACACCUGCACCAAGUCUUACCUGUACCAUGGUCAAACAUAUAAUGUGACCUUUAGAGUGAACCUUUCUGUCCUACCACACAAAAAAAGGAAGACUGCAGAGAUCCAAAAACCACGCAAUAAUGAGGAAUUUCAGGUAGAACUGGGCUCUCCAAAGGUGAUUAAUUGUGAAGCUUUCACGCAUUCGGACACUGUUUCACUGUUCUGGUUCAGUGGAGAAACAUUUUUCGAUAAAAAAGAAAGUUCACCAGUUUACUACAAUACGACGUGGAACAAUACAGAAAAAAAGAUGACAGCAUCUCUGGUCUUCACAAAAGUGUUGGAAGAGCAUCUGUCAAAAAAUUAUACCUGUAAACUGGAAAAUGACAUUCAGACCCCAAAGUUUGUCACCAUCACGCUGACCCGAAAAGCUCGCCCUUCGUACAUUUCCCUGGCUGUAUGCAUUGUUUUCUUUGUAGUGGUGUCAGUUGUGACGGUAGUAAUCUACGUGAAGUUUAAAGUUGACAUCAGUCUUUUCCUAAGAGACACUCUUGGCUGCCAUAGUAGCACCUCAGAUGGAAAAAGCUAUGAUGCCUUUCUGAUGUGUUACAAAAGUGACACAGAUGAAGGAUUAAAUGCUCAAGACAGAAAAACGCUGGAGAGUGUUUUGGAGGAAAGAUUUGGCUACAGUCUCUGUCUUUAUGAUCGUGACAUCUUACCAGGAAAUGCUGUAGCACAAGCAGUGUUGGACUGCAUAGAGCAGAGCCGGACAGUGGUGUUGGUUCCUACAUCUCCAGAUCCUGGUCUGGGAUCUGGCCUGCUGAGUGUCAUCCAUGAAGCCCUCGUGGAGAAACAGACUCGCUUGGUUUUUAUCAACACUGAGACACCUGAAAUGUCAAAUUCAGGUUCAUUACAAGAUGCUCUACAGCUUCUUAGCGAGGCUGGAAACCAUGUCACCUGGAAAGGCAUGAGCUCCAUGCUGCCCUCCUCCUCCUUCUGGAAGCAACUUCGCUAUUACCUUCCUGCCCCACAGCAUGCACCAAAAAUGCAGCUUUUACCACAGACAGUCCAGGAUGUUAACUAAACGUAGAAAAGUCUGAAUCAUUAUCUCAUAUCAUACCUGUUGUUAGUAUAUGAUUUUUAAAAUCAAUGCUACAUAUACAGUAUGUUAAAACUACAUUUUAGGCACUGACAUUUGCUGACACACUGACCAUCAACAGCUUAUAUUCUGCAUCUAUAAUAAAGAAUUAAUACUG